AUGUGGCGGGGCAGCCGCUGGCUGCGGGGGCUGGUGCUGCCGGCGGUGAGGGGGCUGCGGCGGCGCCCUGCAGCGCCGGCCCCGGGGGCCGCUGUGCGCUGCGCUCCCUGCUGGGCAGGGCUGGCGGGGCGGGCCCUCGGCGGCGGGCCCAGCGCGGAGCUGCGGGCGGGCGGAGGAGCCGAGCAGGAGCGCAGGGCCCCAGAUCAUGCUCUUUCCAAGUUCAAUAUUGAUCUUAUCAUCUCUCUACUGAGGCAAGAAAAUGCUAGCAACAUUUGUGUUAUCCAGGUGCCUCCAGAAAUGAGAUACAGUGAUUAUUUUAUAAUUGUGAGCGGAUCUUCUUCAAGACACCUCUAUGCUAUGGCGCAUUACAUGCAGAAAAUGUACAAGCAGCUGAAACAAGAAAAUGAUCCUCACGUUCAGAUUGAAGGGAAAGACACAGAUGACUGGAUGUGCAUUGAUUUUGGCAGUAUAGUGAUCCAUUUAAUGCUUCCAGAGACACGAGAGAUUUAUGAGUUGGAAAAGUUAUGGACUCUCCGUUCUUAUGAUGACCAGUUAGCACAGAUGGUUCCAGAGUCAUUACCAGAAGACUUCAUAUUUGGACUCACUCACCAGCAGCAAUGAUCAAAAUCUUUCCUUCAUGAAAGGAAUACAUACAAAAAAUGCAGUUAGAGCACUCACCACUUCAGGAUUAAAAGAAUGAAACAAGCAAUUUCUUUGCUGUGUCCCCUCUCCCCAGAAGUAACCAAAGAACCACUGUGCUUGAAUGCCCCUCCAUUGUUGUGCAGUUAGUGAGGGGCUAGGCUUACAGCAAUACAGCUGUAGGACACAAAGUACCUAAUUGAAUCUGUCUAGAAUUGUGGGUAUUAUGAUUUAAGCCCCCUUAUUCUUCCAGAAGUGCAGGGGGACCUUGUGACUGAAGUAGUCAGCAUCUCAGUUGAAGUUGUAGCUGAAAGUAUACUGAGGCAGAAGGAAGAGUAGCAGCUAUUUGAAUAGUAGAGACAGUCAACAUGAAACUCAGUUUAAAAGGAACUUCAGGUACUAUAUCUGCCCCUGAAUCUUCCUACCAGUGUUUGGUUUUAAUACCGAAAGUAUCU